AUGCCGCCCCAGCCCUGCCUGCCGUGGCGGGACCGCGCACGGCGGCGGCAGCAGCAGCAGCAGCAAGCAGCAGCAGCAGCAAGGCAACGGCAGCCGCUGCAGAAGCAAAACAAGACACAAGAGGAAGCAGCAGACCCUCUUGUGAGGCCUAGGAAGCUGCAGCAGCUUUUGAAAGACAGAAGGGACAACCCCAUAGGGCCCCUCUUCCUCCAGAUUCAGCAGCUGGAGAAGCAAGGGGAAGUUGUCAUGGUGCUGCACCCUUUGGCUGGAGAAACUCCGCCGUGGCGGCGGGAAGAAUUUAGCCGGCGGCAUGCAGAGGCUUUGAAGGAGCAGCAGCUGCUGCGGCUGAGCAGCAGCAGCAGCAGCAGCAGCAGCAGCAGCGGCUACCUCGAGGACCUGCAGCAGCAGCAGCAGUUCCUCGAGAGCGAGCAGCAAAAGUUCGCCGAGGCGGAGCAAGAAGACCAGCAGCAAAUCGAGACGCUGCUGACGCAGCUGCUGCAGGCCUACACCCCACUGGCUGCUGCGCUGAACAGCAGCAGCAGCAGCGGCAGCAGCAGCAGCAACAGCGAGGAACUUGCUGCUGCUGCGCCGUGGGUCUACGUGCAGCGGCUCAUUCUGAAGCGGCUGCUGCUGCACGAAAUGCUGCCUGUUGUUAAGAAGGAAGCAAAAGAGUUGCUGCUGCGGCAGUCUCAAGAAGCUGUGCUGCGCUGCUGCAGCGAAAUGCUGCACUGGAAGCUGAAUAUGGAGCCGCUGCGGCCGACGCCGCAGCAGCAGCAGCAGCGGCAGCAGCGGCUAGCAGCAGACCCAGCAGCAAUUGACUGUCUUGCUUUCGUGGUGCAGCACCUCGCAGUUGGCAGCAGCAGAGGAGCAGCAGCAGCAAGAGCGCAUGCAGUAUUUGUGAACUCUUUAGGAGAAGCAGAGGCGCACGAGUGCUUUGACUUGCUGCUGAACGCGCGGCUGCCAGACGACCCGCAGCAGCAGCAGCAGCAGCAGCGGCUCUUCAGAGAAAGGCCCAUUGAUGCUGUUGUCAUAGGAGUGCGGGGCCCCGACGCGCUGCUGCUGCAGCAGCUAAUUAAGCAGCAAGUGCUGCCGCGACUGCAGCAAAAGCACAGACCUUUUACUGUUGUUUUGGGCCCUUUGGAAAUCCCCUCCAUUUGGGCUGGCAGCGACAGAGCAGCAGAGUCUCUCAAGAGAAACAUGUGCAGAGAGGCCCUCAUGGCGCUGUCGCUUGCGAGGUUCAUCCAAAACCCUUUAGCGGAAGCUGCGACGCUGUGGGGAGAAGGCGCAGACAAUUUGCUGCUGCAGCUGCGGCUGCACCCCCUGCAACACGCCCUGCCGCGGGAGCGUCUUGCUGCUGCAUGCGAGACAGUGAUGCUGCGGCUGGUGGGGGACUGUGGGGUGGACUUGCGGCGGUGCAUGCGGCUGCACAGCAGCAGCAGCAGCAGCAGCAGCAGCAGCAGCAGCAGCGCAGCGCUGCUGCAGUUUGUCCCGGGGCUGGGGCCCCGCAAAGCUCUCCGUCUCCUGAAUAUGCUCAAGUCCUCCACCCUCGUUAUGCGUUCGCAACUGUGCAUGGCGGAAGACAGCGAGGAGUCUGAGGGAGAGUCCCCGCGAGGGUUUAGGGCUCGGGCCAAAGACCCUAAGGGUUUAGGGUUUAGGGUUUACGCCAAUUGUGUUUCCUUUUUGAGUCUUAAGGCCGAAACCCCCGCGGGAGAAGGAGACACUCUUGAUGCACUAGACGCAACAAAGAUUCACCCCACAGAAGACGGGGUUUGGCUGUCGCGGCUGUGCCAGAGAGCAGCAGCAGGGAAGCAGCAGCAGCAGCAGCAGCAGCAAGAAGCAAAGGAGAAAGCUGGCGAAGCAGACAAAGAAACUAAUGCUCAACAUCCAGCAGCAGAAAACCAAACAAAUGACGAAAACGAAGAAGAAGCUAUCGCCGAAGUCCUCAAGGACCCUUCUUUGCUGGACGAAGUGGACUUGGAGGAGUUGGCGGCUCAGUAUAAAAACGAGCCCGACGGGCCCCGCAUUUUGCCGUACCUGGAGUUUCUGGUGUCGCAGCUGCAGCAGCCGUUUGCUUCGGGGCUGCAUGCGUUUUGCGGGCUGAGUGACUUGGAGCUUUUUUAUUUGGCAACAAAUGAGUUGGAAGAAGAUUUAAAUGAAGGCUCUUUGGUUCGCUGCCACGUGGCGCAUGCAGCGGGCCUCCGGGUGUACGUACACCUCAAACCCUCCAACAUCCGCGUCUCCUUCGCUGACCUCCGAGAGCUCAGAUCCAUUUUGGCCAAAAGAACCAAAGCCACUUGUCCCCAGGAAGAAGACCUUUCCCCCCUCAUAGGGGAGGUGCUUCCGGGGCGCGUGCUGCGGCUGUUUCUGGACCCGGAGCUGCAGCGGGGAGUCCCUGUCUUCCGCAUUCUUUGUGUCUGCACGCAUGCAGCAGCAAAACAUGUUUUGUCUCUCUUUUGCGCCAAGACAAAAGCUGUCUGCGCCCUCGCCAGCUUCCUCUCUCCUGCUGCUGCUUGUGACCUCCUUGCCACCCGCAGCUGCCUCAAGUUCGAGAAGGAGGAAGCUGCUGCUGCGGACCACCAGACGCAGCAGCUGCAGCGCCACAGAGCCAUUCGGCAUCCCAAUUAUAAACCCUGCUCCCACCGCAGGGCCCUUCAGCUGCUGCAAGACCCUGCGGUGCCAGUGGGGGAGGCUUUGUUUCGGCCUGGGGUCCACCGCGACGGCUUUGUGCUGAUGCUGAAAAGCUGCAGCAUGCCUUUUAGGGUUUUGUCGCUGCAUGUGGAAGAAGUUGCUGCUGCAGCAGCAGCAGACCCAGCAGCAGCAGCAGCAGCAGCAGCAGCAGCAGCAGCAGGACAAGUCGGCAAGGAGCUCACUCAGGAGGCCGCUGUUUUGCUUCUCUCGACCGAGGGCACCCUGAAGCGUCAGCAGCGGCUGCAGCAGGCUCAGCAGCAGCAACGGCAGCAGCAGCGGCAACAGCAGCAGCAGCAGCAGUGUCACCAGCACAAGCCCGGUUCCGCCUUACGUCAUGCACCUUCAGCAACAGCCCUACGGGAACAGCGACAGCGAGAACCGUGUACGAGGCAGCAGCAGCAGCAACGGAAGCAGCAAGAGGUGCAGCAGCAGCGGCAGGAGAAGCUGCAGCUCCAGCACCGUAUGCAGACAUUUCCUGCAAUCAGCUGCACUGCUCUUAAUGCAGUGGACUCUGCUGCUCUCUUGGCAGCAGAUGACGUCUGCGGCAUCGCGGGGUUUUUGCAUAACGGGCCUCCGCCGCCGGUCUUUGCUGCUGCGCCCACGACGGCUUUCGGCAGCAGCAGCAGCAGCAGCAGCAGCUGGGCUGUAGGUCCGGGUCAACGUAGUCUCUGCGGCAACUUGCUGCUGCUGUCUGACCAGUCGUUAACAGUGCCUCUGCUUCUGCUGCCCUCCUGUCCUCAGAAGUGUCCCCUAAGUGCUUCUUCCCGUUUGCUGCAGGACCUGCUGCCAGCAGCAGCAGCAGCAACCCCUUGGCGGCGCUCUUUGUGUGUCUCUCUGGAACGCUGCUGCUUAGUUGCUGCUGUCUUUGUUGGGGCCCACCCCACGGCCGCACGGCUUGCCGCUGCGCUGAAGAAAGCAGCAGCAAAGCGCCGGCCGCUGCAGCAGCAGAUGGCUGCCUCUUCUGAGAGCGGAGCCGCAGCAGAGGGCCAACAGAGACAAAGGCAGAAGCAGCAGCUGCAGCAGCAGGAGCAGCAGCGGCGGCCACAGAGUGGGAGGGCGGAAAUGUCCUCUCUUUCUGCUGCAGCAGCUGCUGCCUGCGGCUCUGUAUUUAUGCAGUGCUGCCCACUUGACGGCUUCAUAUCUCUCCUCAUAUGUCCUGCUGCAGCUGUGCGCGUGACGCACUGGUGCCAUUCUGCUGCUGCUGCUGCUGCUGCUGCUGCGCCACCUCUGUCUGAGCCGCCCCCAGCGCGGGGCCCCAAAGAGCUGUCUGGUGUUGGCAGCUCCGUUGGUUGUUUUUAUUUCUUUUUGAGGAACAAAUGCUGCGUCGCGCUGCCUCCGGAAACGGCAGCAGCAGCUGCUGCUGCUGGGGACUCGCAGGGAGACUUCCAGCAACAGAUUUGCCUCAUCCAGGGAAAUAUUUUUUGUCCCCUAAAGGACCCUUUGCCCAAUGGCAGGGCUGCUGGGGAGGGGCCCCAGCAGCAAGAUAGCCUCAUAGUAAAGGGGGAGCACCCCGCUGCUUCAGCCCCGCAAGCUGCAGCACAGAGGAACGCAUGCAGCAGCAAGAAGCAGCUGCUGCAGGAGCCCGCGGCUGCGCCGGCUGCUGCUGCAUCAAAGCCUCAACGGAGACAGUCCCUUCGCCUCGGCCGCGAGGUGACGCUUCGCGUGCCGCCGGAGCAGUUUGCUGCCCUGCAGCGGCUGGCCUUCUACGUGGGACUGCAGCAGGCUCCGCAGCAGGCAGCAGCAGACCCAGCAGCAGACGCAGCAGCAGCAGCAGACGCAGCCAAGAGGCGCACUCCGGGUAUUUUCUGGGAUCCGCAGCUCCCGGAAUCUUUCUUUUACAGAGAUAUUUUGGCAGAGCCCCUUUUGGAGGAGCUCCAGCUCCGCAGCUGGGCGAGAAGUGGCCAGUGGGCAGCUCCCGGUGUGUGCACUGAGCAGCAGCAGCAGCAGCAGCAGCAGCAGCGGCAGCAGCAGCAGCGGCAAGCUGGCAGCAAGCGAUGCAGGGAGGCCCCAGACUCGCUGCCUCCGAUGUCUGCGUGGACCUUCAUACGCUGGACUGCUGCUGAGAAAGAGGAGCAGCAGGAAGCAGCAGGGGGGGCCCCCUCCUCACCUGGGGGCCCCAGGAGCAGCGCCGCCGUUGAGGGGCCCCCUAGUGAGGAGGAAGCAGCCAAGUGGCUCGCAAGGCAGCUCGAUGAAGAAGUUUGCUUCUGCGGGCGUGGACUUGGACGGGAGCCAGCAGCUGCGGCGGCAGCCGCUGCUGUUGCAGCUGCUGCUGCUGUAACUGCUACUGCAGGCGGCCCCAGCCGCUGCCCUGAGUGCCUGCUGCUGCUGGCUCGGUGGACUCUCCAGUGCCGCUCAGCAGUGCAUGCGGAGGCCCAGGGGACCCACAGCUCGGUCUCGAGCCUCAUGGCAGCAGCAGAGAAGUGGCUGGGGAGUCUCCCGCCCGCGCUGCUGUUGGGGGCCCCUGGGGCCCCUGCUGCACCAAAGAGGCCCCGGGUUUCCCUCAAAGGGUUCACAGUAGCAGACAUUAUCCUCCAGCCGCUGCGCUUGGGGGCCCCUGCCGGUGAAAAGCCCCAAGAGGGUUUAGGACGGCUGGCCCCCCGGGGCGUGGACUGGCUUGUUGUCAGGCUGGCGGGCGCCCCCUGGUUUGGGGCCCCCGGGCCCCGGACCAGGGGAAGUGCAAGAAGCCACAGCCCCAGCUGUGUGGACAGGGGGGCCCCCGGGGAAGACACGGGCUUUGUGGACCUCUGGGUGCCCCCAGCUGUUGUGCCUGGGAGAUUCGAUUUGCUGCAAGUUGGCAUGCAGGUAAACUUGGGGCCCUGCCUGCUGGUGCUGCGGGCGGCACCGCCGUGGCCGCAGCCCUACCGGCGGCUCCGCGAAGCAGCAGCAGCAGCAGCGCCAGCAGCAGGGAAGGCAGCAGCAGCAUCAGCUGCUGCUGCUGCUGCAGCGGCUCCCCCAGCAGCAGCUGGGGGAUCUGCAGCCCCCACCAGCAAACAGAGCUUGGGAAUGCUGCCAGGGGAGGCGCUGGGGAGCUGGCUGCCUCCGCUGUUGAGGGCCUGGGCAGCAGCGCUGGGCGAAGCAGGUGGGGAGGGUCUGGGGAGGCCUUUUGCUGCUCGCUGCUCCAAGUGCAUGCGCUGCAGCGCUGCAGCAAGCCCCACAGCCCCGCUAAGAGAGCAGCAGCGGCUGCUCUCCCUCGCUCUGGGGAGUGCCUUUCCGUGUGGCCAGGCCCGAGCCUCACAGCGCGCUAGGGACCCUGCGGGGCUGGCAAAAGCCUCCAAGUGCUGCGACCUGCAGCACCAGCAGCAGCAGCAACAGCAGCGCCAAGGCGCCGUGGGAUUGCAGCAGCAAAAGGGCCGCGUGGCACUGCAGCAGCAGGAGCCACGGGGGGAGCCCCUGGGUAUGGCUGGAGCCACAGCGCUGUGGGAAGUGCUUCUGGAGGCCACCCCAGCAACAGAAGUGAGCUGUGUUGGGUUUGCUGCUGCUGCAGUUUCCCUGAGGGCUAUUCCCUCUCAACAAGCAGUGGAGGGCCCGCCUUCUUUUAGGAAUACUUCUUGGCUGGGAAGCAGCAAAGGCCCACCACGGGGCCAGCCAGCUGGAGCUGGGCCUUUGCUGCCAGCCUCUGGCCCCGCAGCAGCAGCUGCGCGCUACACGCACCCGCUGCUGCAGCAGCUGCGGCACCGCUACGCUCUUGCCCCCGGGGGGCUUCCGCUGAGUGCAGCAGAGGCGGCAGAGGCUGAGGCAUUAGGCCAGGAACCGGUGGCCUCCGCAGGUUCUCCAGCGCAGCCCCCUUGGCUGGGGGUUGCUCCUCACCUGGCCAGCUGCAGCAGCAGCAGCAGCAGCAGCUGCUACUGCUGCCUUGGGGAAAAAAGAGCAGCAGGAGAGCCUCCCGGAGUGCCAGUGAGCCUCAGACUGCCUCCUUUAUUUCGUGGGACGGAGAACAGCUCUCGCCUGGCAGCGAGAGCUGGGGGCCCGCGUCCAGGGGCCCCCAGCCCCAGGGCCGGGGGCCCCCUUCCAGGGGUCCCCCGGCCUUGCACUGGCCACGCUGCUGAGGGCUGCCCUGGCCACACAAAAGCCUGUAGUCACAACCAGCAAAGCAAGGGGGAGCAGCGCAGCCCACGCAGUGGUGGCUGCUGCGUGGCCAAGGCUAAGGGGCAAGAGUUACGGGCCGGCGUUGGUGCUGCUGCUUCUGCCACCUUUGCAGUGUCCCCACAGAGGAUAAUAAACACUUCGGCCUGUGGCCUCUACUGCGGGUCAGUGGAGGGCCUUUUGGCGCUUCACCUGUCUUUCGCGUGCCGCCGCUGCCUCAGCGAGCCCAGCAGCAGCAGCAGCAGCAGCGGCAGCAGCAGGCGCUGCGCCUGUGGGGCGGCCGCGCAAGGUGAAUACGACAUGAGCAGCAGAUUUGGGGGCAUUCAAAUGGGGGCCCUUGUUGCUGUUGAAGAAGCUGCCACAGGGAGACUGCUGCUUGUCCUUUUUCAAAACGCAGCAGCCUUCCGCCUGCUGCAGCACCUUGGCUGCCUCAGCCACUCCUCGGAUGCAGAGGCGCUCGACGCAUGCGUUGCAGCCAUCGUGCAUGCGCAGACAGAUCAGCAGCAGCAGCAGCAGCAGCAAGACCUGCUAGCGAGUAGCAGCCGCGGGGUCCUCGCCUACGGCGUCCUGUGCUGCGACGCAUGCAACGCUGCCGCUACAUGGGUGCUAAAUUCAGGCGAGGGAUUCUUAAAGGGGGGCUCCAGCAUUCGAGUCCGAAAGCGAAUUCAAGUGGAGGGUCUUAUACGCCCUGUUGGCCCUUUUCAAGUUUGCUGGCCUCGUGCUGAGUUUGCUGCUGCUGCUGCUGCUGCUGCUGCUGCUGCGGGGGAUGCGGGUGCAGCGGACCGCACUCGAUGCCUUGGGCAGCCGCAGACACUGUGCCUCCCGGUCAUCUUUGCAGUAGACUGGGUAGCUCUCACAGCAGCAGAUACGCUGCUCAACAUUCACAAUGAGUAUAUGGACUUGAUGCAGCAGCAACAUUAA